GCCUCAGGUCCUUUGCGGACUUCAGGCUGGAGGCGCGGAUCCGCGGGUCAGGGGAGGGCGCAGAGGCUUGCGGCGCCAGCGCUGGCCUGGCCGCCCUGCCCGAGGGAAGAGGCCGGAGACCUGCGCCGGUAGCCCUAGAGGGGAGGAUGUUCGCUCUGCUGUUCUAGAUCCUGGAAUAGUAGGGGCUGGACUCUUCAGAACAGCCCGCCCGAGUUUUCGAAGCUGCGGUAGAGAAACCCCAUCCCCCCAAAUCCUGUAACUCACACCCCCUCCCCGCCCCUGCCCGGGCUCUGACCCCAGGGAGAGGGGCUGGGCUGAACAGGGCGGGGCGAAGGCUUCUCCCGGUGGCGCGACCAGAAGGAGGCCCCUUUGGACUUAGCCAAGACUGAACGUCUCCACCGACAGGGCGGGGUGGGGGGGCUUCUCUCCCCUAGUCACUCUGAGGACAGCUCCUCCCCUCUCUACCCGGGCUGUGGGCCUAGAGGGAAGGGGAGCAGAGCACCCAGGCCUGGAGCACCCGCACCAUGGAGCUGAUACAAGGCGCCAGCAAGAGCAGGGUUUCCUGGGUCUGCGAAGAGAGCAGAGGCUGCUCCCAGUAACUGGAAAAGCCCUGCCCUGGCGGCCCCAGCUGCAUGGGUCCUGGUCUUCCCAGGCCCGAAGUGCCUUUCAUCCCCCCCCCCGCCCCCGCUUUUGUGCCUGCCUUUUCCCUUGCCAGACCCCUUGGGUCCCCACCCACCUUCCCACUCAGUCGGUGGGUGCUGGUAUGUGGCAGGGCUAGCUUAGAGCUCGGGCCUUGUAACCUCGAGGCCCAAUGAAACCAGGCCCAGUAGAGGUCAGGAGUCCGUACGUGGUUUAAGAAUACAACUGUACUGGGAGAGUGGAAGGCCUAGGUCUUUAACCUGCUCUGUCGAAACGCCAAAGACUUAAGAUGGUCCUCAGCGCCUGAUCCAUCUCUUCUGGAGGCGCUGGUCGCCCCCUGGUGCCGCAGGGGAUGCUGGGUGCGAAGCUCAGGAAAAGGCACGAAGGUGGUGUAGAUUUGCCCUGAGAGCUCAAAUUCCCCAACCUCAAGCUCUAGGGUGGGCCGCUGCGCAAAGCCGUGAGCUUUUGCGGCUGCGGCCAGACCGGCGGGCCCCGAGGGGCGCGAGGUCGCAGGACAGCCCGCAGGGCUUUGUGCUGCUAGUUCCCGGGUGUGCACAAGGCGCAGAGCAUCCAAAUUGACACCAUAUGUUUUCUUAUUAGAUGCUUCGCGGUCGAAUUCUAGGCGCAUAAUCAUCGCCACUGGGCGAGAGCGCCAGCGGUCCCUAGGGAAGGGACACAAUGAUUGAGGCUUAACCUCUGAAGGGGAAUUUAGAGCUACGCUUCCUCGCUGCCAUUUCGAUGCUGGCAGAGGCGCUCGGGCCCUGGCGUCUCCUGGGCCAGCACCCGCCGGCCGUAGCUAUGGAGGUAGCAGGCACAUUCUUUUUGCGGUGGGGGAAGAAGGAGGGAGGUCUAAGAUUAGGCGGACUCACACGCACUGGCAUUCGUAGACUGGGAAUUGCCUGGCUAUGCAGGAAGUUUGGAAAGUCUUGGUUUCUCUGGGACAGCCUUUCUUUUUACAUAAAGGCUCCUUCUGCCCAGAGGUGGGCCUCGGCGGCUGGAGCGGUAGACAGGAGUUGGGAGGCAAAGGAAGGCAGUAAAGGGAAUUUAGAAGAAACCGGAAGCAUAGGCUAGGCCUUGCUCAGUUGGAGAAGAGGUGUCCCAUCAAUGUCCCGGCCUGCGCUUGCCCCGGCCGGAGCCCAGAUCUCCCAAACGCCUGUCACUUCUCAUAGAGUUGAGGCUCCGGCCCCCCCCUUCAGCUAACUCCCCCCCCCCCAGACCCGAGCCUUGGGCUAUCCUGAAAACGCGGCUCCCCUCGAAGGGGAAACGAGUGCAGUUCAAUCUCGUCUGAGUGAUCUACAAAUAGGGACGGAAAGGGUCGUUUUAUCACGGUCCCGUUUGUCGUGACGAUGCAAUUUCCCGGAGCGGAGCACUGUCACAAAGUGACAAGGCUGCCACAAGCGCCCCGACUGAUCUUUUCAAUUAGCCUUCCAUGCAUGAUCCGGAGCGACUUCCGCCUAUUUCCAGAAAUUAAGCUCAAACUUGACGUGCAGCUAGUUUUAUUUUAAAGACAAAUGUCAGAGAGGCUCAUCAUAUUUUCCCCCCUCUUCUAUAUUUGGAGCUUAUUUAUUGCUAAGAAGCUCAGGCUCCUGGAGUCAAUUUAUCAGGAGGCUCCAAGGAGAAGAGAGAAGAGAGAAGAGAAGAGCCGAGCAGGGAGCCACAUCUUCUCCUGGGAGGGCUGCUCUCUAGAGUCGGGGCUGCAGGUUGGAGAUUUUUAAGGAAGUGGAAAUUGGGGUUUGGCUUUUAUUUGCGAGUCUGCGGUUUCCGAGGAAAGGGCUGCAGAAAGGUGCUCUCUCCCUGGCCCUGUUCUCUAAGAUCAGACAAUGGAAUGAGGUUGUGAGAUACAAGAUGAAGGAAGGUUGGGGGACACUGAUGUGGUCUUUAUCUUUUCUGUUUUUUAUUUAUUUUUAUUUUUUGCUAAUAUCUUUUCUGGGCUGAGGGGAGGGCGGAGUCCAGCAGCUGAAGUAGAGCGAGCAGUAGCGGGUGCGAAGACUGCGGGCUCUCGGCCCUACUUGCGGCAGGCUGACUACUCUGCUUGGAGCCAAGCGGAGGUUCUGACCCUCUUGCCUGCUGUGGAGGCGUGGAGACCUAGACUGGGGUUCACUAGCCACGGAUUUGUCGCUUUGGUUCUUCUCUGCUCCUCUCUUUUCCCAUCUAUUAAAACAAAACAAACCAAACAAAACAAUACAAACCCCGAUGCUGUGCCGCGCCUUCUUCAGAGUUUAGAUGGUGACGCAAACGUUUCUGGGAGCGCUGCAGGGCUGUAGGAUCCCUGUUCCAACACUGCAGAAACCUUGGAGAUUCAGUAUAGGCUCUGUAGAACCCACGGUCACAGCGGAGUGAAUCAGCUCGGUGGUGUCUUUGUCAACGGGCGGCCACUGCCGGACUCCACCCGGCAGAAGAUCGUAGAGCUAGCUCACAGCGGGGCCCGGCCGUGCGACAUUUCCCGAAUUCUGCAGGUGUCCAACGGAUGUGUAUCAUCAAUCAACAGAGUUCUUCGCAACCUGGCUAGCGAAAAGCAACAGAUGGGCGCAGACGGCAUGUAUGAUAAACUAAGGAUGUUGAAUGGACAGACCGGAAGCUGGGGCACCCGCCCUGGUUGGUAUCCCGGGACUUCAGUGCCAGGGCAACCUACACAAGAUGGCUGCCAGCAACAGGAAGGAGGGGGAGAGAAUACCAACUCCAUCAGUUCCAAUGGAGAAGAUUCAGAUGAGGCUCAAAUGCGACUUCAGCUGAAGCGGAAGCUGCAAAGAAAUAGAACAUCCUUUACCCAAGAGCAGAUUGAGGCCCUGGAGAAAGAGUUUGAGAGAACCCAUUAUCCAGAUGUGUUUGCCCGGGAAAGACUAGCAGCCAAAAUAGAUCUACCUGAAGCAAGAAUACAGGUAUGGUUUUCUAAUAGACGGGCCAAAUGGAGAAGAGAGGAAAAACUGAGGAAUCAGAGAAGGCAGGCCAGCAACACCCCUAGUCAUAUUCCUAUCAGUAGUAGUUUCAGCACCAGUGUCUACCAACCAAUUCCACAACCCACCACACCUGUUUCCUCCUUCACAUCUGGCUCUAUGUUGGGCCGAACAGACACUGCCCUCACCAACACAUACAGCGCUCUGCCACCCAUGCCCAGUUUCACCAUGGCAAAUAACCUGCCUAUGCAACCCCCAGUCCCCAGCCAGACCUCCUCGUACUCCUGCAUGCUGCCCACCAGCCCUUCGGUGAACGGGCGGAGCUAUGAUACCUACACCCCCCCUCACAUGCAGACACACAUGAACAGUCAGCCCAUGGGCACCUCGGGCACCACUUCAACAGGACUCAUUUCCCCUGGGGUGUCAGUUCCAGUUCAAGUUCCUGGAAGUGAACCUGAUAUGUCUCAAUAUUGGCCAAGGUUACAGUAAAAAAAAAAAAAAAAAAAAAAAAAAAA